GAUUUAUUUUCAGGGCGGCCGCUUUUUAAUGACGAAAGACUUAAUAGGCGCUCUUCGGGCUGCGCAACCUGAAGAUGCAAAUGACCUGCCCGACACUUCCUUGCCCCUUGAUGGGUCUCAGUACAUGAAUGAUUUUUUCUCUCAAGUCGAGGAAAUUCGAAACUUGAUUGAACGGGUUCAAUCUCUUGUUGAUAAUGUAAAAAAUAAACAUAGUGACAUACUUUCUUCGCCUAACCAAGACGAAGCUACGAAGGCUCAACUAGAAGAUGCUAUGGCUGAAAUUAAGACAAUCGCACACAAGGUGCGUGCGAAACUAAAGCGUAAGUGAUCUCACUGUCUGUUAUUUGCAGAAAUGGAAAUGAACAUCGAGUAUGAUGAAAACUCUGACAGGACAUCAGCGGAUUUACGGAUAAGAAAGACUCAGUACUCCACAAUUUCUCGGAACUUUAUUGAAGUUAUGACCGACUAUAACAAAGCUCAAGUUGCUUUCAGAGACGCCUGCAAGAACCGAAUAAAAAGACAAAUGGAGAUCGCUGAGAGAAAGAUUUCUAAUGAAGAAUUGGAGGAUAUGUUAGAAUCUGGAAAUCCUGCCAUUUUUACACAAGAAAAAUGAUAUAUGUACUUAUAUUACCAGUCCCUUUAAUUGUCAAACAUUAUACUGAUUACUCUAUAUUUCUCAAAUUUUUUAAUCCUACCAACCCAUUUUGAUAAUAAUCGACAGUCGUUUUAGUAAUUCCUAAACUUUCCACAAUCACAUGCAGUUUUUUUUUACUAAAGCUGAUAUCUAGUGGGUCAAUUGUCAGUAUAGAUGAACUCUUUUAUAGUAAAGUAAAGCGCUAAGAUAAGAAACGUUUUUGAGAAUAAUUUUUCAUGUUUAAGGAUAGUUAAGUUCUCAAUAACAUUUUACGAGACUUAACGUGUGACUUUGCAUAUCUUCAGUGAUCACCGACAACUUUCGAACUACGUUUCAUAUCAAGCGAUUAUGCUCCACGUAUUCAUUGCGUCUUAAGCUCUGUUUGGGCAGCCAGUCGGUCAGUCACAACGUAGGACCUGGUAUGUAUUUACACUAGUUCAAGUUGCCAUACCCUGUUAGCAUAGAGAGAUGAAAUUGUCAGGCGAAACCCCAGAACAAUAGUAGUAGUCUCCGUAGCAAUAAGGAAAAUUAGACAUUGAAGCUAAAGAUCAAGAGAAAUUAUAUCAGAAGGGGUUUUGUAGAUAUUAUAGUAAUUUUAGAGGUUGAGAUCAUGAGCCAAUUGAAGCUAGGCCACUGUUAUAACUUGUGGCCUGUGUGCCCUGAUAACAUAUAACGGGAUGAUACCACCAAUUAGAGAGCAGUGAAUUAUCGAUUGAAUCAAUCACGCAUAAAACCCUUACGAGCAGUCUAGAGUACUUAUCGGUCUUGCUUCCUGCCUAGCCCAGCCAGUUGAGUCUAGAACACCAACCUCAGCCUCUGCGAUAUGAAUCAUGUAUUUCAAAAAUACUGGGUUUAUAAACCAACCAGAUAGACCACAUCAUACCAUAAAAUAGGAAACAACAUUUGUACAAGGCAGUCAAAUAUGGUUGUGAAUAAGGGAGAUAGUAAUUGAUAGAUAGGGCAUAACUCAAGAAUGGUAAAUCGUAUGAUAAUAGUUCAUAGGCCAAAACAAAGCUUAUGAUAAGAGGAACACGAAUAUGAACACUAGUCAUUUAACAAUUAUACAAUGAAAAUAUACUUAUAGUAUAAAUGGAUCUCAAAAGUUACCAUUCAUUAUUCUUAUGGGGAUAUAACAGCCACCAUGUAAAGCUUGGAAGCACUGGACGGCCGUCUCUCCCUAUUGUGGGACUCCUCAGCAGUGCGCAACCACUAAAGAAAAAUAUAUGUUCGUGAAUUAAAAACUAACGAAAGUUAUGACGAAUUUAGAAUCUCAGAAUCUGGGGGAAACCAAAGAAUGGAUGCACUUGCGCCAUCUUAAACGAUUUUAGCCAUGUCAUUCAAAGUCUCUAACCCUCUGUGUUCGGUAUUCAUUUCUGCUAUUCUAAGGCUUCUGACUAUCGUUCAAAAUGUUCUAGAGAUGAUAAAUAGUGCGACUCGGUAGUCAAGUACGAUUCCUGGAUGGUUUAACAGAAGUAAAACCGAGUUCAAAUUGACAAUUCAGUACUCAAAUAUUGAGUGUCUUAAUCAAUAUGUUAUCGCUCCACAGACUUAAAUAUUUAUUUCUUUAGUUAAGAUCCUUGAUACUGCUAGUAGUUUUCUGUCGUAUUAAUUGUCAUGGAAUCAUUUCAAUUAUGAAAUUCUUACCGUAAUACCGAACUUCGGGAUUUUUUGUUCUAUACUAAUACAUCGCUUUAUGUACCAGUUAAGGUUACUAGCGAACGGUACGUGUAAAGUCCUUCGAGAACUAAAGAAUUAAACAAGAGGAUACUGAGGUGACGUGCUGAUUUCAUAGUUAAAUCAAUAUUUGCCAGUCAACUGACGGAAAAUUAUGUAUAGAUGUGCCCUUCAUAAAAUUUAUGGCUGGGAUUUUUUGCGUGUACGGUUUAAUAUCUCAUCGCUAUCAUUUUGCGCAUAAUAUGUACGAAACUUUGACUGAAUCCACUGAAAUUGCUUUUUAUUAUAAACACCACUCUGAAACAUAAAUAUUAUAAAUAAAGUAGUACUAUCAAAUUUAGAACUUCUUUUAAUGUGGUACUAUCUCUGUUUGGUUGUGCAUAUUAUAAGUAUGUACUUGUGUUUUCCGGAGUAAAAUAGUCAUUAAGAACAACUUUGCGAUGGCAAAAUUGGGGAGCGUAUUUAAGUUUUUAUCAAAAGUAAAAAUUGUUGAUUUAUUCUUGAUCCGAUAGUAAAGCUAAUUCUGUGAAAUACUCAUUAAUUCGGUUAAUGUGUUAUUAUUCCGACAUCACCCCAACAGAUGUUCUGUUGUACAAUCAUUACCAGUAUUAUCGGGGGCUUUCGCUUGGAUUUAUAUCGUAAAAAAUAUUAAAAGUGGCUCAAUAACCUCAUUAGUUUUAUUUGAUGUUGAAAAAUAAUCACACUAAGUAGUCAAUAAUUAAGUGACUUCUAAAUACAGAUUGAAGAACCUAAUUUUCCAGCAUUUUCGUUCCGUAUCAUAUAAACAAACAAAUUAUUUCUCAUACAAAAAGCAAACAGUUCUCAGUCAUCUGUAGAUCGGAAUUAGGUAACCGAUGUCAUCUGACAAAGGGCGUGACUUCAAAGUGAUUCUUUAAAACAGCAUUAUAAGUUUCUGAACUGCACUUAAUGCUCACUGUUCAAGUAACGUGAGUUAUUAUUGGUUGUUAGAAAUAAAAAGUUUUGCCUGAAGAUAAGUGUAUAAUUUACUGAAGUAAUUCCCUCACUUGACUCACUGUUAAAAGAUAAUUUGGAUGACAUAUUGUCCCAAAAAAUCUUAUUACAACAUAUAGGUCAUCAUUUAAUUGGGUAAAUUUGUGGGCUUUUUUAUGUACCUGUUAUAACAGACUUAAAUCAACUGAAAAAUCAGUAAUAAAGAGGGGAGAUUGAUCUCAGAGGUUCACGCUCACACUUUCUAAUGUUUGCAAUAAGGAUGAUUAGCAAACUCACUAGUUACUAAUCUGAAGAGGUAUGCCUUCGAGUUUUAAUGUAAGGUCGUCUGUCGAUUCGGGAUUGACUCAACUAUUCCUCUGUGUUGUCAAAUAGAACUGCUCUUUAUAAAAUGUGGGCCAAAUACAUACUUAUGCACUAGAUUUCAGUAAAAUUUGGCUACAUGCUAUCCAAUUUAAUAAAAGUGUACAAAACUUGCAAAAAUCUUUUUUUUUUCCACUGACUAGUCCAUAUGAAAUAAAAUAUAAGUUGUACCAAAAGAUGCGUAAUUUAUGCCACCCUAGGUGCUGAUAUGUAGUCUUUGUAGUGGUUAACUUUAACAUCUUAGUAGAUAAUGUAAGUUUUGUAUAGAGCCGCCUAGGUGGAGCUUUUGACAUUUCACCAAAUAGUGACGAUGUCAGUCAGUUGUAUUACAAUGAAUAACGACCCCAGGCUCGAAGGUUUUGUUCAUCCUGACGACCUACACCAACAUACUUGCAGUCACAAAAAUAUCACAUAGCGUCCUCUGAAAAAAGUCAGUUUGACAUUGUUGGUCGUUUCUUGUUUAACUUUGUCAUUGACGUACUUUUAGAGAUAACACUUUCCUCGUCUAGAUUUCCAGGGGUUGAACUUCUACCGGGAGGUUCACUUGUUGACUUAGAAUAUGCUGAUGACAUAGUUCUAUUUGGUGAAGACGCUGACAAAAUGCAGAGUCUUCUGACCACUCUAAGCAACAAUGCAAACAUGUUCGGGAUGCGAUUCUCCCCCUCGAAAUGUAAAAUGUUGCUUCAGGAUUGGAUUGCAUCGACACCCGAACUAAUGAUAGGGAGUGAAGUAGUUGAGCGUGUCGACUGCUUCACUUAUCUUGGAAGUCUCAUCAGCCCUUGUGGUCUGGUGUGUGACGAAAUCACAGCAUGGAUACAGAAGGCU